AUGGAAGUCUUAGGUCACGUCAACAAUCUCUCAGAGUACGCUCGUUCGCUCAAAGAUACCAGACUCUCGUCUUUGAGACACCCUGGAGAAUUCUUCGACUAUCAACGUGUCUCUCGACCUAAGGAUAUGCAAGAGUACCUCAAGAGGGCGAGCUAUAACGUACGAUACUUCUCAGCCAACUACGCGAUCGUCGUAGCUCUCUUAGCUGUCUACAGCCUAAUCUCCAACCCACUCUUAUUGGUAGCAUUGGGUUUCUUGAUCGGUGGUUUCUUGUCUAUCAACAGAUUCGUACCCGAACCUAUCGAAUUCAACGGUAAGGUCGUCACUCCUCAAAAUCUAUACAUCGGUCUUUUCGUCAUUGGUAUCCCCCUCCUCUGGCUCGCUGCUCCCAUAUCCACGUUCUUCUGGCUGGUGGGUAGCUCAGGAUGCCUUAUUGGCGCUCAUGCUGGAUUGCUCGAACCGGGAGUGGAAUCUGAAUACGAAGGACUCGAGACUGUAUAA